CAUUGUUGUUUUUUGUGUCUCUCUCUGUUGGCGUGCAGUCGCGAUGUAAAAAAUUGUAAAGCAGAAUGUAAAUAUUGUGGAGACGAACAUAAAUCUCGUGUUUCUCAAGCUCUGCUACCGCCUCGAAUUUUUUUCUGACUUCAGAAAAUUCCGUUGAUACGCCACAAAUUAUACCGCUAUUUGAGCCAAAAAAAAACUAUUUACAAUAUUAUCAAAUAAAAUCGAAUCUCGUUAAAACGCGUACACAGUCGUUUGUUUACGUUUAGACAAGACAGGUGGACGACAAUUUUGAAAACACGCGGGCAAAUCGUUGUGGCCAAAAAAAAACACAUUUCUCUUAUUGUUUCAAAUAUUGCGUGUUUUAAUUGUGAUUUCGUCAACAGAAAUCAAAAGUCACAAAAAUCAACAAAAAAAAUAUUCGCAAGCUCCAUCAUCAGCAUCUUGGGGAAGCAAAAGACGCCCGCCAACAACAACAACAGCUUCCUCCGAUUGUUGUUUUGUGUCUCUCUCUGUGUGUGUGCGUGUCGGCGUCGAUGCUGCGAAACGUGAAAUGCAAAUUAUUGCAAUAGCAACAAACAACAAUCACUGCAACAACAACGAAAACAAAACGGUUUCGCGUGUGCUGGAAAAAUAUUGAAUUUGCAACAACAACAACAAGCAGAACAGCGUGUGAGAGGGAGACACGAAAAUAUUGCGCGCCAAAAGCGAGAGAAGUAUUACACAAAAACCAUAAAAACACAGAGAAGACCAAUAGGGUAAAGCAACAGCCAACAACAGGCAAUAAAGACGAAGAGAAGCUGUGCAGAAGGAGAACCUGAAAAGAAGAAAAACGCAGAAACUGAGCAGAGCCCUGGAGCAGCGAGGUUAAAGAAAAAGCAGAAUCUGGAAGCAGAAGCUGCGAAAAAAAAAACAGCUACAAACAGCGGGAAGUUGGAGAAGGACAGCAUCAAAAGCAGCUGAGAGGACAAACAGCCACAACAAAAACGGGAAAACAAAUCAAAACAUCAGCAAGAGAGAGCGCAGGAAUUCCAUUCGAGUAUCUCUCCCUUCCACCCAUCGCAAUUUAUUUUAUCCACCAGAGCACAAAAGGGAGGCGGAGAGGAGCCAAACACUUGAAGCAUUUGGGCUCUGUGAUACCGCAUUCAGGCACAGUUCGGCGGAGUCAGAGAACGAGGCCGGAACGACAAUGAUGUCGAUGAGCAGCUCCCCACCGGCUACGCCAACGGGCGUACAGACCGACUCCGAGGGCCUUAUAUUGCCCAAAAAGCUGAUCAAUCCCUGCAUUGAGAACACCGAUCGCAAGGAGCUGCAUCGAGAGCUGAAAUUCAAUGCCAGAAUUGGCAAGAGUGUGCUCAACCAGAAAUCGGAACUCCAGCGUGCCUACGACAAGCAGAAGGAGCGCCAUGCGGCCGCCGAGCAUCAUUCCCCCGAUGCGGAGCUGGUGGGCGGCAUACCCGGCCUCAAGGGAGAGCUAGGACGGGUCAUUUUGGAGCGGGCCCAGAAGCAUGAGGCGGCGGCUCAGAAGCAGGAUGCCGAUGAGGCCGAGGAUCGGCAGUAUGUUAAUCCCGAAUAUCUGAAUGUACGCGCCAAACUGCGCACGGCGAAUGGACCCAACUAGAAGACGCCCCUCUUGGCCCCCGACUCAUCAUAAUUAAUUUGUAAAGAGAGAGAUGUAACCAAAUUGGAACGUAAUAAGUUUAAAUGUGUUGACUUUGUGAACUGUUUUCAUUUUGAUAUUAUGCAAAACUAGUUGUAUCGUUUAAACCUAGACCUAAGCCAUU